AUGUCCGGGGGUCUCCUUCCCGCCAUCGGGAGCCUUUUGGGUGGCUCGUCUGAGCUGAGGCCAGUUACCGGCCAGGAGCCCACGAAUCUGGGCCCUCUGACCGCGACCUUCACGCAGCCGCCAGAGUGUACGACAGCUGUAGCUGCGGUCAGCGGGCAGGUCUUGCUCGGCCAACUAGCACAAGUUUGCGGGUCAGAGACUGGUGCUAUUGACACCGCAUGCUGGCCUACAACUAGUGGCGAUGUCUCCGGCCCUCGAACGGAGUCUCCCGGAUGGGGCUUCUACUCGCCCGGCAUAUCAUGCCCCGCGGGUCAUACCAGCGCAUGUUCUGCCACAGGAGGCCUGUUCGGAAAGAGUGACUGGCCACUGCAAUACACGCUGUCUGCAAGCGAGACUGCCGUUGGCUGCUGUCCUGGUGGAUUUUCCUGUGACAAUCUUGGGGGGCAGACUUGCGUGCAGACCACAACGUCGCUGGCAGUACCGACAACCAACUGUGGUUCAGAUAACAACGCCGACGCCGGGCUCGGAAUCCUCGCAAGGGAGACUGCCACAGCUGUGACGCUCCUUGCGCCAAUGUUUCAGCUCGUCUGGCAGAGCAGUGAUCGGGUUUCUCCUCCGACGGCCUCGCCGACGUCGUCACAGCCUGUAGAGACGGGGUCAUCAAUCUCUUCGGCCGCAGAAACCCCAGAACUUUCUGGAACUCAGACUAUAUCUGCGGAAAGCUCGCCGACUGGUAAUCUCGAGACGGCCAGCAGUUCCGCAAGCCUCGUCGCAGUACCCCUACCGACGGAGACAGCCGCACCGAGCGACGCUGAUAGCAACACGACCCAAGCGGCUGGGGCUGAGGAUGCAGACGAUUCCAGGAGCCAAGGUGCUAGCUUCCCAGUGCCUGCAAUGAUCGGCGUCUCCGUGGCCGGCGGGCUGGGCGCGAUGGCCGUGGCUAUUUGGGCGGUCUACAUGUGGCAGCGCAGGCGACGGUACAGAAAGGACAUGCUGCAGGGCAUCAGCGAUGACCGCAUGCUCCAGGACCUCGACAACAUGUAUGAGACUACUCGCCCAAAGACGUUUGAUAUGGCCGGGAGAGAACUGAUGUACGAUCUGAGACGACAGGACACAUUUGGCAGCAGAACAGACCCGGACAUGUCGUAUGGACCAGGGCAGGAGACCUCGCGGUUCUUCAGGGCUGGACCCCAACGGAGCCCGCAGCUGGUAGGCUUCCCUGGUAUUACGACAGCUGGAGGAGGUAGGCCAGAUGGGCUGAGAGAUUUGGCUGGGGACCCUGAUUAUAAUUCACAUUAUCGGCGCUAG